CCUUUGAUGGUCACGUGAUUAAAAAAUGGCUGUCAAAAUAGAUGUAACAGAAGGCGAAAAAUGUAUUUUAUUUUUUAAAUCGAUUUCAUAACAAUCUGUUUGAAGAUGAUACGAUGGAAACAGUGUUCGAUAAAAUCACUGACAUUUAUCACCAUCAUAAAAGGUUUUCUUCUGUCCAGAAGCUGUGUAUUUUAGCAGUAAUUCUUGGAGGUGUGUCCCUUUUUACUGGUCUAUGGACAUGGCUAGUAACCUAUAUCAUAACGUUGUCCCUCAGUGCUUUAGUAUGCCAGUACCUGAUAACGUCGGAAGCGAACUUCACAUUUGUAGAAGACUUGUUUGUACUUUUCAAAUCUCAUGAAAACGACCCUUGGUAUACCAGCUUGAUUGAAUUUGUAAAUGAUCCGAACCAGGAAUCCGGCGGCGGUGGAGUACAAGGCGACAGCUCUCAAAAAGUGAAUACUUCAUCAUGGGAGGAAGAAGUUCAUUUAUUAGCAACUCUGAUUUCUCAGGAUUUUAUCAGACCGUGGUAUCUCACAGUGAGUAACAGACAAGAUUUAUUGGAAGAGAAAGAGGAAAUCAUCAACGAAGCAUUCAGACUUCUGUGUGUACGGUUUUCUGAAAUAGAUAUCCAUGACUUGUGCAGAGAACUACUGCUCUGUUAUAAAGACCAUCUACGGAAUUUUCAACAAGCGAAGUCUGUAUACAAAACUCAGCCGAGAAGGAAGAGUGCUUCAGCUCUAGAUUCCCUCUCAGCAAAGAAAGUCUCAUCCAUCGAAGAAGCAUAUGAAAUCAAAUUUACUUAUCACAGUGCAGUGUGGGAGACAGAAAAUGAAAUCAUUUAUCUGAAAUCAGUAAUAAACUUGCUUUUGUCACAACUUUUGACUACACAUUUGCAAGACAGCAAAACUCCACAGGUGUUACUUGUUGAAAUCUUAACUUACAAUGUCGCAAAACCUGUCUGUGAUCUUUUAUCAAAUCCUGACUUUUUACAUGAAUGUAUAGUUCAUAUAUUAUCUGAUGAAACUUUAAUAGAAGUACCUACUGAAAUUGAACCUAGUCAAAAUGAUCAUGUGCAAUUCAAAGACAUUAGAGAGGAAGAGUCGGAUCAGGAGGAGGAAUUCAAGGAUCCACAACCAGAGGACUUCUAUUUAUCCAGGACAAGCCUGUCUCAGAAAUCUGGUCGCAAAAUGCAACAUGAAGAGCAGCAGGAAAUGGAGGAGGAUUCCCAGUCUGUUAAACAUGUGGAGGCACAAGUUGUCAUGGACGAAGAAUCUGCGCCUGAUGUAACCUCAUUUCCGACUAUUCCAAUUACUCUUUUAGGACCAGCCAUCUACCAUAAUACAGAGGGUAUCCAAGAAUCCUCUGAAAACAUUGACAGCUCACAAGAAGGACAGAAAUUUCAUCUGGGAAGUUUUGAUGACAUUUCCAUGUCUGGUGAACAUCCAUCAAAGACAUUUCUAGAUAUUUGCAUCACUGAUACAGAGACAGCAACAGAAAACCGUGGAAAUAGUCAAUACACCCUGUACUCUAUUCAGUAUGAUGCAGUGUUCGAAGAGCUGGGAACCAGUAAGAUACGAACCAACACAGUAAAGCGACGAUUCCGUGAAUUUAUCAACCUCCAAAACCGACUGGAAGAUAACCCUACUUACAAGAAAAGCUUGAAAGAUGUAAAAGGAUUGACAAAGUGGCUCUCGUUGCCUUUUGGAAAUAUGGAUAAAGGCAGCAUAGAAAAACGCAAGAAAACAUUGGAAAGUUUUAUGAAGGCUCUACUGGAAAAAGAGAACAUUUGUAACAGCAUGGAAUUGAAGGAGUUUCUGGCUUACGAUGGAAACGCCCACAUAGCAUUUGUUAGAAAGGUUCCCGAUACCGUCCAACCUCUAACAAAGAUGGUAAGAACAGUCUCCAGUGUGUUUGACAAGAUUGGAGAUAAAGUGGGUGAAAUCUCUACUAACAUGACAGAGUUAUUGCCAAGUUUACCCAGGAGGGGACCUGUGAAGGACAUUCACAGCUGUGAUGAGGAUGAAGAUCAGAUUCUAUUGGAGUUUGGGACAAUUAAAGGAGAUAUGCUAUUUAUGGAAAAGCAGUUGUCAAGUCACAUCUCAUUUCACUCCGCAUCGUCAGAACGUUCAGAUGAUUCAGAAUUACCAGGAAAUGAUUCACAGAAAUCAAAAGGUGCUUUAUAUGAAUUACACAACACUGGUCUCGUAGAAGUGGUGUUUGACAUAGCUGUGCAAGCUUUACAAGGCAGAAACUGUAGACUGUGUCGAGAAAGAGUACUCUCCCUAGCCAAGCACAUGUUGGGAACAGCAGUAAAUAGGUGGCUGAGGUGGAAGAUAAGUGACCUUACAACUCCCCAAAGGUGUGCUCUCUAUCUACAUCUGUUCAGGGAAUCCAUUUGGCCAGAUGGAAAAUAUGAUUCCUCCAGUCGUGAAGUCAAGUCGGAAAGACAGAUGAAGGCAACCAAGGACCAAGCUCGGAGAAUUCUGGCCGAUUUUUUCCCUGAUAUUGUGGUUGGACUCAUUGAAGAUGAGGACUACAGAUGUGGGAUUGAAGAAAUCAUGGACUCUAUUCAAUACGAGAAACUGAACAAGCAUUUUAUUUACACAUUUCUGGAUAUUCUGUUGGAGAAGCUGUUCAGUGAAAUUCACCAAGAGGCCUUGCAGAAAGAAGCCCAAUGAGAAUGUGGAGGAUGGAAAGCAUAAUAUCUGUGUUCUAUAACCUACACCACACAUAGCCAUGAGAGAUUGUGCUAUUGUGUUUUAUUGUGUUAGAAACAUUCUUAUUUAUGGAAUACUCCUAAACAUAUUUAUACUUGUUCAUGUGGUUGUACUCAUUUUGUUGACAACAUUCCUCCAUGUGGUAUAAUUUGUAUGAAUAUACUGUACUUAUUAAUAUGGUUGUACUUAAAAAAAUAAAAUAUUAUUUUUUA